AUGUGGAGCGGCCACACUCUUAGCUGGAAUACUCCUCUAGACAUGCGAAUAAAAGAAGCUGCCGCACUAUAUGAGGCCCGCACAGGGCGGAGCGUGGAUUCGGACGAGGAGGAAAUUGAGAGCCGCACUCCCUACCACAAACUACCCCAUCCGUCGGACCGCCCAGCAAUAAAGUACACCGACGCUGAAACCCCAGUGCAAACCGCGAUAUACACCGACGGAAGCAAAACUCCGAACGGAGUGGGCGCGGCCUGGGUAUACAUACGGGAAGGGGUAGAAGUCAAGAAAAAGAAAAUAAAGUUAGCUUCAUACUGCACAGUAUAUCAGGCGGAACUGGCAGCCCUACGAAGCGCCACAGAAUACGCAAGAACCUUAAAGGGAGAAGAGGUGAACAUAUAUAGUGACUCCAAGGCUUCCCUAGAGGCUAUCACUCAUAGCCGCUCUUGCAACCCCCAGGUCGUCAAGAUCCGCCGAGCCAUUGGAGAAGCGGAAAAGAGGGGUCAAAAAAUAAACCUCCACUGGCUCAAGGCGCACAUUGGCACGCCAGGAAAUGAAAGAGCGGACGAGCUGGCAAAGGAAGCGGCCGAAAAACUCAAAACAAAACCUGAAUAUGAUAAACGGCCGCUCUCCGAAGUGAAACGAAAAAUAAGGGAAAGAACCCUGGAAGCCUGGCAGACGCGAUAUACUCAUUCCCAGACUGGAGCAAAAACAAAAGAAUUCCUGCCAGACAUAAAAGUGGCUUAUAAAACAGUAAAGGACAAAAUGUUUGAGGAGCACACCGUACAGGUUAUCACAGGUCAUGGGGCAUUCGCAGAAUAUUUACACAGAUUCAAACUAAAAGACGACGCGGCAUGCCCCUGUGACCAAAUUACGCCACAAACCUCUACUCAUAUGCUAUUAGAAUGCCCAAUAAUGGGGUUAUCUAGGUAUGAUUUCGAAAUCCAAACGGGUAAAACAAUGACCAGUGCAGAGAUGCCGACUAUCCUGAAGGACUCAAGGCUGCAAUUGGAGAGAUUCUGCAAAGAAAUUGUCAGAAAAACUAGAAAAAUGAAUGGAAGCGGAAGCGGGAGUCGAGAUGUGCAACCGACCGUAGCUCGCCCAUGA